GAGGACCAUCUCUGCCCUACUCUAUUUAAGGUUACUUUACAGGAGCUGGGCAUAUAUCACAGCAGCAUAUACCUUCUUCAUGCCUACCCAGACAUAGAGAAAACACAUCUAUAUACAUCGUCGUCUUUACCUCUCUGCCCUUCCACUUCUUCUGUACUACUUGUAGAUGCGAUCCUGCAUUACUCGGAGAUUCCGGGAUGUAAUGCCUUGCCUCCUGGUGUACAGUCGGCAGAGGUUGUCGUAGUUGAUCUCCUCCAUGCACUAAAUGUCUUCACGAGUGAUGACUGACGACCGAAGAUAGGCAGGAUUCCUACGUUUAGUUUUUGGCUACACUCUUUGGGUACGAAAUCAAGGGUCCUGCAUCAGUCAGAUUCUGGGCUUCUAAAUAGCUGGAUCAGCGGAAGGUAUAGAUUAUAUGUCGUAGAUAAAUCUGGAUAUAUAUCGAUGUUCUACGUCAUGUUUGUUUAUUUUCCUGAGAAAUACAUUUGUCAGAUUGAAAUCUCCCUCUUUCGCUCUACAACUCAAGUAUAUAAGCUUUGUUCUUUGGAAUUGUGAUACGUAGAUCGGGAAGAAACAAGCUUACCAUGGAUAGCUUUGGUUGGGAGAAUCCAGCGGCCAUCAGAAGCGAGGUUUUCCUGUCGCCAAGUAGAUGCAGCAACCACUAUGGUGAUUUCACAGGCUCCAGCGAAGGCUACACCGCCUUCAACGAUAAGUUUGCACUCGACGAAGCUCUCCUCAGCUCAGGCUUAGAGCUCCAGGGGAUUCUGGACGCAUGCCAAGCAAGUUCGCAUCUUGGUGGACACAGUGAGACAGUGGGAAUCUCAACUCCCGCUUUGGGUUCGAUGAACAACAGUUUGGAUCUGGAUUUGUUGCAGUAUCAGGAAGCGAUAUUAAUGGCGGCAGCUGAUUCUGGUCUUAUGAGAUCAGUACUGGACACCAUUUCCGGGGAUGCUUCUUGUUGUCAAGCAUAUGCUUCUUCUUCACUCACUGAUAGAACCGAUGUUUCACAUCCAGUCACCGAGAACUUUGGAGCAUCCGAAGAACAACGAGUCAUCAGCAACGUCGUCGAUGCUCAGGAUGGCAUCUCGACCAUCUUUUCUAGCUGCUGGAACGUGCAUGGUUUGAGUUGCAGUGGUAACGUUUCUUCUGGGGAUUCUGAGCGCCAUGGAUAUCUCUAUCACCAUCGAUCGCGCCAUGAAGAUGUGGCCUCACAGGGUUCCUCAAAGUCAGACGCUCGGCAAGUCGAAUCGCUUCAGGGAAGAAGGAGCACAAAGAGAAAAUUCGUGGAGUCCACGAGAGCAGAAAGCAACCAUAUCUGCAGCCUCCUCCUCGAACCAAAUUCUUCGACUAAGGAGGGAGGUCUUCAGAUCAGUUUCACAAGGGCGCAGAAGUCGAAGAAGCUGAGAUCAGAAAGGCACUCAGAGAGUUCGACCAUCGAAUUCGUUCGGGAAGGCAACUACGAGCCGGACGACGAGGCCAUCGCGCAAGUGAAGGAGAUGAUCUACAGGGCUGCGGCUUUAAGGCCGGUGGGUUUGGUGGCGGAGGGGGCAGUAGAGAAGGCGAAGAGGAAGAAUGUGAGGAUAUCGAGUGACCCACAGACGGUUGCUGCAAGGCAUAGGAGGGAAAGGAUCAGUGAGAGGCUAAGGGUGCUGCAAAGGCUGGUCCCAGGGGGCAGCAAAAUGGACACUGCAACCAUGCUCGAUGAGGCUGCCAACUACCUCAAGUUCCUCAAGUCGCAGGUCAAGGCUUUGGAAACCCUAGGUAACAGGUUCCAUCCGGUAAACAGCAGUAGCACCACAGAAUCCUUUCCACUGCCUCUCAACCGGGCUUUUCCCAUGCGGAAUUCUCUCCUCCACCCAAAACCCUAA